UUUGUUAUGGUAAUGCCGCCUGACAUCAUCCUGUGAUCAAAGCCAAUGGCAGAGCAUAUAAGAGGUCGGCAGCCUGAGCCGCCGCACACUGGCCUGUAGCUGGCAGCAGCGUCCUCCUGCGCACAGUGCUGCUGCUGACGGCUGCCCCGGCUCUGGAGCUACACCCUGCCUGCUCUCUGGGACUUACGGGAGGCUGUGGGAAGUUUGGGUUUAUCUGCAGCCUUGGAGGAUCCUUCCCCUCACAGAGGAGUCACCACCUUCACUGCACAGGACCCGGCUGGGGCUGCAGACACCAUGGUUCCUCCCUUGGUUCCCAGGAUAUAGCAGAGAUACCUCAUUGAUUUUUUGGAGUUUACCAACCUUGGACCUUUUUUCUGCUUUGGAUUUUUUCUCACUCUACAAAAUGAAGAUUCAUUUUUUUAUUGGGACCGUAUUAACGUUCAUUCUUCAUACGAGGAUUUGCCAGAGCAUCAAAUGGCUAGCAUUGUCAAAGACCUCUGCCUCCCUGGCCUUGAAUCAGACUCAGCACUGUAAGCAGCUGGACGGUCUGGUCUCCUCUCAGAUGCAGCUCUGCCGAAGCAACCUGGAACUGAUGCAGACGAUCAUCCAGGCGGCCAAAGAGGUGAAGAAAACCUGCAUUAAAGCUUUCUCAGAUAUGAGGUGGAACUGUUCAUCCAUAGAACUGGCACCACACUUUAAUCAGGAUUUGGAAAGAGGGACAAGAGAGUCCGCUUUUGUGCACGCUCUGUCUGCUGCUACCAUUAGCCAUACGAUUGCUAGGGCUUGCACUCUUGGGGACCUACCAGGUUGUUCUUGUGGACCUAUACCCGGGGAGACAUUGGACCAAGGUUCUCGUUGGGGAGGAUGUGCUGACAACAUCAACUAUGGUCUUAUGAUGGGCUCUAAGUUCUCCGAUGCCCCAAUGAAGAUGAAGAAGGCAGGAUCUCAAGCCAAUAAGCUAAUGCACCUCCACAACAGCGAAGUUGGGAGACAGGUGUUGAAAUCGUCUUUGGAGCUGAAAUGUAAAUGCCAUGGAGUCUCAGGUUCCUGCUCUAUUAAGACCUGUUGGAAAGGUUUGCUGGAACUUCGAGAAAUCGCCUUGGAUCUUAAAACUAAAUAUCUAUCAGCAACAAAGGUAGUUCACCGACCAAUGGGGACACGGAAACAGCUGGUUCCAAAGGACCUGGAUAUUCGACCAGUACGGGAAAGUGAACUUAUAUAUCUUCAAAGCUCUCCGGAUUUUUGUCUAAAGAAUGAAAAGUUAGGAUCUCAUGGGACACAAGAUCGGCAAUGCAAUAAAACCUCAUUUGGAAGCGACAAUUGUGAUUUAAUGUGCUGCGGCCGAGGAUACAACCCUUACAUGGACACCGUGGUGGAGCGGUGUCAUUGCAAAUACCAUUGGUGUUGCUAUGUAACGUGCAAAAAAUGUGAGAGGACCGUGGAGAGAUACGUGUGCAAAUGAAAAAAAAAAAAAAAAAGAGAACAAAAGCAAAAAGACAAUGAAUACAAUUUUUUGGAUUCAUUCAGGACCUCAACAACAAAAAA